AUCAACAACUUGAGGCCGCGGUGGCCUUCGGGCUGCACGGUGCAGGCGGCCGCAGAGCGGACACCCGGCUCGGCCCGGCGGGACGCGGAGCGGCAGCGGGAGGGGGCGCUGCGGGGCUAGGCGUGCGCAGCGCAGAGGAAGUACCGUCUUCGCCGCGCCGGCCGCCUCAGCCGCGCCGCACGGGGCCGCUUCAGCCGCGCCGCGCGGGGCCGCGAUGUCGUCCGGACACGGGCGCGACGACGCGGGGGCAGGGGGCGCGCGGCGGCCGCGGGAGCCUCCGGAGCAAGAGCUGCAGCGCCGCCGGGAGCAGAGGCGGCGGCGGCACGACGCGCAGCAGCUGCAGCAGCUCAAGCACCUGGAGUCCUUUUAUGAAAAACCUCCUCCUGGACUUAUCAAGGAAGAUGAGACUAAGCCAGAAGACUGUAUACCAGAUGUCCCAGGCAAUGAACAUGCCAGGGAAUUUCUGGCCCACGCACCAACCAAAGGACUUUGGAUGCCACUGGGGAAAGAAGUCAAAGUCAUGCAGUGUUGGCGUUGUAAACGGUAUGGUCACCGAACGGGCGACAAAGAAUGCCCUUUCUUUAUCAAAGGCAACCAAAAGUUAGAACAGUUCAGAGUAGCACAUGAAGAUCCCAUGUACGACAUCAUUCGAGAGAAUAAAAGACAUGAAAAGGAUGUAAGGAUACAACAGUUAAAACAGUUACUGGAGGAUUCAACAUCAGAUGAAGAUGGGAGCAGCUCCAGUUCCUCAGAAUGUAAAGAGAAACACAAGAAAAAGAAGAAGAAAGAGAAGCAUAAGAAAAAGAAGAAAGAAAAGAAAAAGAAGAAAAAACGAAAGCAUAAGUCUUCCAAGUCAAAUGAGAGUUCAGACUCAGAGUGACAAGAGCUUGACUUGUUCAACAUUCUCUUCUCAGAAAUCAAACAUCGUGGCCAAAGAGCAGAGGAAUGUGGAAUCAGAGAGGAAUAGGAGAGAGAGACACCAAGAGAGGAGGAGAUUUGGUAUCACAGGUGUGAAUUCUCACCUACCUUCCAGUAAAGAUGUGACCCCCAGAAGAGUGAGUUGUAUCUUGCCAGGUGCUAGCUCUGGACAGCGGCUGAUUUCAGGCUGGAAAGCUUUUCUCAUUGUUCUCCUCCCUGCUGAUCACUGUGGGUCCUGAUUCCUUAGAAAUGCCUCUGGCAGGGUGGCCAGACUAAGGGAAUCUCUGAGGAAGCUCUUCCAGGUGCUGCCACAGCUUCCACCCUCCAUGGUGGGGCUACUUAAUGCCCUUAGAUUUCAGGCUUGACUUUCCUCUGUUGUUGAGGAUAAUAAAAGCUCAUUAUUUAUUUUUUUAAUGUA